GUGGUGAUGCGUUACCAUGGACACAAACAGGAAGUGCGGCUGCUGCUUCCUCUGGGCGAUCAGCUGAUCUCGGCCGACAGUGGCGGUGAUGUCAUCGUUUGGGACGUGCAGGGAGGGGACGUCUACCUGCGGCUGCAGUUUGACCCCGCCUCCUUCGACGUGUCGGCCAUGAUGCAUCCGAGCACCUACCUGAACAAGGUGCUGCUGGGGAGCUCCCAGGGUGCACUGCAGCUCUGGAACAUCAAGACCAG